AGAAGCUCCCCGAAGCAUAGAUGUUCCGUGGUAAAGCUAUCGAGAGUAUAAGUCGGUCAUCCCACGCCACUGUUCUAGAAUCCUCUUCUCCUCUCCGCGGUCCCGCCCAGUAACUCCACACCUCAUCCCACCCAUCACAAUUCACAAUAGAAAAGAAAUCUCAUCAUCGUCUUUCACACCUCACUCGGUUGCUCUCUUGCUCUCAACUCAACCAAUAAACCUCAGAGCUUAUACGACCAGCAUAUAAUGUAUAUGUCUAGCCCUCUGACUCGCGCUUCGCUAUUCAAUAUCCUCCUUACCCCAGUCCUUACCACAUCCACGUCCACAUUCAUCCGCGCAUCGGCGAACAGUACGCCAAGAUCUCCACUCGACCUCCCUACGCACCCGCACUGCUCUGCCUCUCAUCUCUAUCGCCAUUACAACACUACCUUCUACUCGACAAUGUCAUCAAACCCUUCCCAAGAGUCCCAGGCCACUGCCAACGCGAACAACGCCAAUUCCGUAAACCAGGCACAGGCGCAGGAGCCGCAGGAAGGGAAAGACUACCUUGCUCUUCCGGACGCAAGCAGCGCCGACUCAGCGACACGACAGCUCGACAUAAGCGGUGACGGAUCAUCCGUGAAGCUGGACCAUCUGGGCCCCUUGGUGGUCAAUCAGGACGGAACGCUAUCGAGGAUCUCCAAUUGGGAGCAAAUGACCGAGAUUGAGCGACGGAAUACUUUGAGGGUUCUGGGCAAGAGAAACAAAUUGAGGAUGGAUGCUAUCAAACAGGAGCAGAACCAGGAUCAGGAGAACUAGGUAGAAAAGGUAAACGCAUGCUAAGGCGAGAAAAGAACUGGUCGCACAGCUGCUGGACGGCGGUCUUUACGAACUAUAAUAUGAUGCGCAAUGUGUAUAAAUGAUUCCUGUCGAUUCGAAUCCAUAGAGGCGCAUUGUCGUACAGCGUGUCGAUCUCAUCAUAUCCAGAUUUGCGUUUAAUUAUAUACCUUCCAAUCAAAUUCUUCA